UAAAAAGUUAAAAAGUGACGUCCUGCGCAAAAUUGGAUAUUCGUUCACUUUGCGAUCCCGCUAACUAACAUAAGGUUAUCGGCGAUAGAUUAAUAACGCGAUCCAAUUUUUUUUUCUUUUUGUUGCCAAGAUUUCGCAGAGAAAGACUCGCACCACCAAUCCCACGUCCCACACUAUCCAUAAUCCUCCACUCCGCAAACAUUUCACCAAAAAAAGGUUUAGUUGGGUUUUCUAAAAAAUACUCGACAGCGCUGUUCAAGUCAACUUUCAACAGCAACCUCGUCGCAUCAUCUGUCGCCCAAGAUGAAGACUACUUGGAAGGAUAUUGCACCGGUACCGACGUCUGAGGAGUUUCUAGACAUUGUAUUGUCCAGAACUCAACGACGUCUACCCACCCAGAUCCGAGCUGGAUUUAAGAUCAGUCGUAUCAGAGGAUUCUACACCCGAAAGGUCAAAUUUACCCAAGAGACCUUCUCCGAGAAGUUUGCCCAGAUCCUCGACAGUUUCCCUCGUCUUCAGGACAUUCACCCGUUCCAUAAGGAUCUUCUUAACACCCUUUACGAUGCCGACCAUUUCCGUAUCGCGCUUGGUCACCUAUCCACAGCAAAGCAUCUUAUUGAAACUAUAUCUCGAGACUACGUGCGCCUUCUGAAGUAUGCGCAGAGUCUGUUCCAAUGCAAGCAGCUCAAGAGAGCCGCUCUUGGUCGAAUGGCCACCAUCACCAAGCGAUUGAAGGAUCCCUUGCUAUACCUCGAUCAAGUCCGCCAACAUCUUGGUCGGCUUCCCUCUAUUGAUCCUACUACCCGCACUCUCUUGAUUUGCGGAUACCCUAAUGUCGGCAAAUCGAGUUUCUUGCGCAGCAUCACCCGAGCCGAUGUCGAUGUCCAGCCCUACGCUUUCACUACCAAGAGCCUGUUCGUCGGCCACUUCGACUACAAGUACCUCCGAUUCCAGGCCAUUGAUACUCCGGGUAUCUUAGAUCAUCCUCUAGAAGAGAUGAACACCAUCGAAAUGCAGUCGAUUACCGCUAUUGCCCACUUGCGAUCUGCUAUCCUCUACUUCAUGGAUCUUUCAGAGCAGUGCGGUUACUCAGUUGCAGCGCAGAUGCAACUGUUCAAGAGCAUCAAGCCUCUAUUCUCCAACAAACUAGUCUUUAUUGUCAUCAACAAGAUCGACAUCCUUCGACCUGAGGAAUUGGAUGAGAAGACUAGUGGCGAACUCCAAGCCAUGAUCUCUUCUGGUGAGGUAGAGUUGCUCCAACUCUCUUGCAAUACGCAAGAGGGCGUGCAGGAAGUGAAGAACGCCGCCUGCGAGCGCCUUCUCGCCGACAGAGUUGCACAGAAACUGAAGGCCGGCACCUCGAGCAGCGGUACCGUCGGUGGCAGAUUGGCCGAUGUGAUGACCAGAAUCCACGUGGCGCAGCCUAUGGGUGGUGCUACGCGUGAGACCUUUAUCCCCGAAGCUAUAAAGGCAAUGAAGAAGUUUGACAAGGAUGAUCCCGAGCGACGCAAGUUGGCCCGUGACGUCGAGGCCGAGAAUGGUGGUGCUGGUGUCUACAACGUUGACUUAAAGGCUGACUAUAUCCUCGACAACCCCGAAUGGAAGCACGAUAAGAUACCUGAGAUAUUUGACGGCAAGAACGUUUACGACUACAUUGAUCCCGAGAUCGACGCCAAGCUACAAGCCCUAGAAGAAGAGGAAGAACGACUUGAAGCUGAAGGAUACUACGAUUCGGACGAGGAGAUUGACGAUGUGGAGGAGGCUGAUAUCAGAGUCAAGGCAGAGAUAAUCCGAGGCAAACAAUCGCUUAUUCGCAAUGAGUCGAGAAUGCGUAGGGUCAAGAAUCGCGCGGCCCUGCCUCGUAAGGUUAUCAAGAAGUCUCUAUCUCAACUUGAAGACAAGCUUGAUCGGAUGGGUGUUGAUACACAGGACCUACAUCUAAAGGACCGAUCACAUACUGUCACUCGUGGUCGUUCCGUGACCCGAAGCCGCCUCGGCACCGAAGACACCAAUGCCAUGGAUAUAGACGAAACACCGAGGGAUAGACUACGCUCCAAGAGCCGAGCCAGAAGCCAGCCGGCAACGAACAGACGAGACGACGGUGUCGUGGAUGAGUUGACGAGAACCAAGGCUGAUAGGCAGGCCAAGCUAGGCCAGAGGAAGAUGAACAGAAUGGCCCGACAAGGAGAAGCAGAUCGACAUAUCGGUGCUACGUUGCCGAAGCAUUUGUUUGCCGGUAAACGAACUAUGGGCAAGGCGUCCCAUCGUUAAGCAGUAUAGUAUGGUAGUAUACCUCGCUGCUAUCUAUCUGUACAUGAUGAUUCUCUUUUCAAGACGACGAUACAUCGGAUAUCCUAUGGGCUUAUGGCGUUCGUAAAUACGGGAAUGAGUUUUUUUUCGCUGAUGAAUGAAAAGAAAAUCAAGAAACUGCCUAACAUGCGAAUUAAGACGGCUGAACUAUGGAGGCUUUACAGUAACUACUACAACUACAGUAAGUAGGUACAGUUGCAGUUACAUCCUCGGAGUAGUUAGUUUACUAGGUAUUAGGGUACAUAGUAAUUCGUAGACCUUUUAUCAUGAUGAAUCAAUUGGAGUUGUCUUUUGCUCAGUUUUAGUUCCUUUGUUUCCCGUGGACGUUCAGGAGAGAGACAGUGGAAAAGUGAAGAAUACAUAACUAUCUAAGCAAGUAAAUUGUUCUCGUCCACGUUGAAUGUACCCUAGGUUCGUCUAGGCAAUGAAUGCACUCCUUAA